ACUGGAUCUCCAGAUCCAGAUAUUUAGUCACAUUAAGUAAGAGAUUGUUUGAGGUUCCAACAGAAAGUAAAAGCUUGGUCAAUUACAAGGAGAAAAGUCUGCAGAAAAAGAUUUUUCUUCCAAAAACUUACCGGAAAACAAAGAUCCAGUUACAGACAUAAAAGAGGUACUCAGACAGAAGCUGGUAUAGAAAUCCUAGCAGCUGCUGGAAUCAAGAGACUAACAACAUUCCACAAUAUGGUUUCAGUGGGCUUGCAGAUGGUAGGCUAUGUCUUGUCUAUUCUUGGUCUGACUGGUACUGUAAUUGCCACAGUCAUGCCAUCCUGGAAGGUCAGCUCUUACAUAGGUGCAAGCAUUGUGACAGCUGUGGGCUUUUCCAAGGGACUUUGGAUGGAGUGUGCUUCCUUUAGCACAGGCAUUACACAAUGUGACAUUUACAAUAGCAUGCUGGGGUUAGCAGCUGAUACUCAGGCUGCUCAAGCCCUCAUGAUCACAUCAUGUGUAUUUUCUGUUCUUGCUAGCAUGUUCUCAGUGUUUGGCAUGAGGUGCACCAUUUUUUCUCAAGGAUCCCCUGGGAAAGACAAAUUGGCUGUGGCAGGAGGGGCUCUCUUCAUUCUGGGUGGAAUCCUGUCUUUGAUUCCCAUUUGCUGGAACCUUCACUCCAUUCUUCAAGAAUUCUACAAUCCACUGAUUCCUGAUGCAGUUAAGUUUGAGAUAGGACCUGCACUCUACCUGGGUAUCCUUGCAUCUAUUCUCUCUGUUUUGGGUGGUGCUAUUCUCUGUGCCUCCUGCCCACCUAAGGAGGCAGACCAUGACUUUUAUAGCAAAUACCAAGGACGAUCGCUGAUUGCAGACAAGGGAAAAAUAUCUACAAGUGUGACCAAUGCCUCAAAAAAGGAAACAAAUGGUUAUAGCCUUACAGGUUAUGUGUAAGUGGUUAUCGAAAAUGAAAAUGUUUUUAGUUUCGUCUCAUUGCUUAACUCCAAAAUCUGAAAAGCCACAUGAACAAUCUUAAAAACUUUGGUAUUCAUAAAGUGGGACACACAGGUCACAGGUGAACAAUAUCAUGAGUGGCAACUAAUAUAACAUGGCCUGUAUUGUUUUAUUAUCUGUGAUAGAUUCAGGCACAGCUGCUGUGUGUCUGUCUAGAAAGGACAAUUCUGUAACUGUUCAAUAAGUGUUAUGGUUAAAUAGGGCUGCAUUUAUUGAUAACAUUGAAUUAUUCAACCAACAAUGGAUUGUGUUGAACUGAGAGUACAGAUUAAAUUUUAGACUAAAUAGUACACUUGAAGAAUUUUGUCAAACGCAUAUUUUUAUGUAAAUUAUUUUCAGUUGGGCUGUCAAUUUCUCUCAGUUCACUAAAUUAUAAUGUGCACUUAUUCUUACUUUUUUCCCUUGCAAUAAAGAUCAACAUUCAAUAGUGUAUAAUUAGGCUCAUGAUGCAACAGUGUGAUUUAUCUUUGUUGAUAUUACUUUGUGCUACAGACCAAUCAAUGUUAUAUAAUCAUAAAAGUGAUCACAGUCUUUGUAUAAAUAAAACUUUUUUCUUUUCUAUAAACCGGUCAACAAGCAAAUUAACUAACGAAACUAGCAUUAUUGUCCAGAAAAACAUUAUCUUUACCGCUAUGCAAAUUCUGUGCAUGAAUAAUAUUGCAGUAAGCACAGUGUUCUAGUUUUAGAAAAUAGGUUUAGGGAUCAUUAUCUAAACUACUACCAGUAUAAACUAAUUAUUUUUAUAAAGAUUGCCAUCUUCCACAUUCUAGUUCCAUGACACACAUACACUGUUUAAAAUAUACAUA